AUAAACGUUACUCGUAGUCACUGGUUUAGAACUGGUACUGUGUUCCGCUAUAUAUUUAAUUAACAGAUGCUCGCAAAUCAUUAAGUUAGUCUACAUAAAUAUCGCUAAAUUAACACAUACAUAUGUACAUAGAUACUUAUAUUCAUACAUGCAUAUGCAUGUGAGUUGAGUGCAUGCCGCGAUUGUCGCUUUGUGAACAAGCGUUCAGUGAUCUUGAAAAUACAAAUCUAUAUGUAAAAUAUACAUACAAAAUAUAUACUAUAUUUUGAAACGAACGCUGUGUAAACAAAUCUACAAACUUACAUGUUUAGUAGAGUUAUCUACGAAAACAGCUAAAAAAUUUAGCUUCACAAGCAGAAAUAAAAAUAAUAUAAAUACAUUUUAAACAAGCUACGAUUAAUCCGUAGUCCGGUUUUCGUGUUGGAUAAAUUUGAAAAAAAAAUCAUUAAUUUGCUUGAACUGAUCAUAUUAUUUUGUAGAAAACAACAAGUGCAAAAUUUACACGCGCUUUAAACAACACUCAUCAAACUUUCAAAUACUCGUGCGACAGUAUUAAUACUGUCUGACAAAUAACGUCACUAUGCUAUUACGUAAAGCGUUCUUCGCAUUUCUACCGCUCAACUUAUGCAUCUUAAUACACUUAACUACCAGCGAAUUUUGCACCAAAUUAGAGAAUACAAGUACGGUGCUACAGGCAAAUCGAGCACAGUUCCUCAGCAUUGCGGACGGUGCAGAGAAAUUCGGUUUGGAGCUUUUUACUUUGAUUUCCACAGAUGCGACCGAUAAUGAUUUUGUCAUUUCACCAUUUUCCGUAUGGGCGCUAUUAUUACUGCUUGUGGAGGCCGCAUCAGAGAAUACAUUGGUCGAGCUAAAUACAGCGCUGCGCAUAAAUCAGGAUCGUCAAGCGUUACGUCAAGCAUUUAAUGUGGUGCAGCAAUUUUUGUUGCACAAAACAUCGACGAUACAAGUCGAAAAUUUACAAGCAAUGUACUAUGACACCUAUGAAAAGGUCAGUCCAGACUAUAUUAGAACACUAACCACUUGUUACAAUGCAAAGGCGCAAAACUUAAAUUUCAACGAUACUAAAAUAGCGGUAAAUUUCAUUAACAACGCCAUAAAAACGGAAACCAAGGGUCUAAUAAGUGAUGCCAUCACCGCUGAUGACGUGAAAAAUGCAAGACUAUUACUAACGUCCACCCUGUAUUUUAAAGGACAAUGGCAGUUUCCUUUCAACAGAAGCGAUACACGCAGAGAGAUCUUCUACGAUAUGAAUGGCAAGCCGGUUGGUGAGGUUGAGAUGAUGUUCCAAAUGACACCAUUCAACUACACUAGAAUACAGGAUUUGCAGGCGCACGUACUCGAACUGCCAUACGGCAAUGAAAAUCGUUUGUGUAUGCUGGCUAUACUGCCAAAUAAAGGCAUCUCAGUCAAUCAAGUGGCGCAGAAUUUGCGGAAAUUUGGUGUGCGUCCAAUAUUCAAUAAAAUUGAAGAGGACGCUUUAAAUUACGGCGAACAGGAUGUUGAGGUGUAUUUGCCACGUUUGGAGACAACAUCGACAUUAUCGCUAAGAGGCACACUGGAAGCGAUGGGCAUAAAGAGUAUUUUCGAUCCGCAGACUGUAAAUUUACUCUCGCAAACCUCGUUCGUGAAGGACGUCAUACAAAGCACUAAAAUAAUUGUGAACGAAGAGGGCACCGAAGCGGCCGCAGUCGUUGCGGCAAUUUUGACUAAUAAAAUUUCGCCACCGAAAUUCUACUUUAAUCGCCCAUUCAUGUAUUUGAUUGCGGAAAAGCGCUCUAAUACAUUAUUAUUUGCCGGCCAACUGUCGACACCGAAAUUAUCGUAAACAAAAUUAAAAGUACUAUAUAAAAUUAUAGUUUA